UGUCACUAGUCACUAGUGUCACUGUCAAACCUUUGUCAAAGUCAAACUGUCAAACACUGAACUUGAUUUUGAUUUUGAUCAUAUUUUGAUUGGGUAUGUUUUGAAAUUGAAAUAAUUCUUUUAGUAAACAAUGGACAACAAACCAAAAGAUCCUGGUUGGAACGAUCCACCUAUGCUCAAUUACAGUGCAGCGAAUCCACCUCCAAAAUCUAGGAUAACAAAUAAAAGGAUAGCUUUUCCCUUAAGUACGAACACUUCUUCUACAGCCAAUCAAAAUCAAACGCUUCCAAACCUGCCACCUCUUGCACAACCUUUAACGAAGCCUCCUUCAACUUUGGACAGUACUUGUGAAAGUGUGUGCCAAUUAUUAAACUCUGAACAAUCUAGACAAAAUUUUGAAAACAUAUGGAAGGGUCAAUUACCAGAACAAUUUCAGAAAACUGUUAGCUUAAUGGUAGGAUGCUUAACAGGUAAUAAUAAGGAAGCAGCGAAACUUCAUAAAGAAACGCUUCUGACUGAAUAUAAAACGCUUUGUGAUGGAUGGAUAGAUGGAAUUAAUUUUUAAUGUGCAAUAUAUUAUUAAGAAAAUAA